CGGAGAUCGCGGCGAGCCGCGUGGCCGCGCUGCUGCUGGCCGGCGGGCAGGGCACCCGCCUCGGCGUCCCCUACCCCAAGGGCAUGUGCGACGUGGGGCUGCCCUCCCGCAAGACCCUCUUCCACCUCCAGGCCCAGCGCCUGCGGCGGCUGCAGCAGAUGGCGGAGGAGCAGCACGGCACUCCCUGCCACAUCCCCUGGUACAUCAUGACAAGUGGCCGCACCAUGGAGUCCACCAAGGAGUUCUUCCAGAAACAUCGCUAUUUUGGCUUGAAGAAGGAGAACAUCAUCUUCUUCCAGCAGGGCAUGCUGCCUGCCCUGGGAUUCGAUGGGAAAAUCCUGCUGGAGGAGAAGGGCAAGAUCGCUAUGGCACCAGAUGGCAACGGGGGCCUGUACCGGGCCCUGGGCUCACACGGCAUCAUGGACGACAUGGAGCGGAGGGGAGUGCAGAGCGUCCACGUCUACUGCGUGGACAACAUCCUGGUGAAGGUGGCUGACCCCAGGUUCAUCGGGUUCUGCUUGGAGAAGGGAGCAGACUGUGGGGCCAAGGUGGUGGAGAAGACCAACCCCACGGAGCCGGUGGGCGUGGUGUGCCGUGUGGACGGCGUGUACCAGGUGGUGGAGUACAGCGAGAUCUCCCUGGCCACCGCCCAGCAGCGCGGCGCGGACGGGCGGCUGCUCUUCAACGCGGGCAACAUCGCCAACCACUACUUCACCACUGCCUUCCUGAAAGACGUGGUCAACACUUACGAACCACAACUGCAGCACCACGUGGCUGAGAAGAAGAUCCCACACGUGGACAUCACUACAGGGCAGCUAAUCCAACCCGAGAAGCCCAAUGGGAUUAAGAUGGAGAAGUUUGUCUUCGACAUCUUCCAGUUUUCCAAGAAGUUUGUGGUGUACGAGGUGCUGCGUGAGGAUGAGUUCUCUCCCCUGAAGAACGCUGACAGCCAGAAUGGCAAGGACAACCCCACCACAGCCCGACAUGCCCUGAUGUCCCUGCACCACUGCUGGGUUCUCAAUGCAGGGGGGCACUUCGUGGAUGAGAACGGCACACGCAUCCCUGCCAUCCCUCGCGUCACAAACGGAAGCCUGAAGGAUGCAAACGACCUGCCAAUCCAGUGUGAAAUUUCUCCCCUGGUCUCCUACGGAGGAGAGGGUCUGGAGAAGUACGUGAAGGACCGAGAGUUCCGCACACCUCUGAUCAUUGACGAGGAUGGGAUCCACGAGCUGGUGAAGAACGGGAUGUAGAGGCAGCGUGGUGCCCAUCCUGCCAGGAGCUCACAGGCUGAUGGCUGGGCCUGGCAGGGACAGCUCUGUGCAGAGCAGGAUCUGACCCACUCGGUUCUUGGCACGUUGUAUGCUCCUAUUUAUAUUUUAAUUUAAAAACCAAACACUAUGGAUUCCCCUGCCACAAAGCACAGCUGUGGUGCUGCUCUUUGCUCUCCAGGCUGUGGGCAUUUAUUUUUAAACAUGUAUAUAGUAAUAGUCAUUGUACAUGCAGAGAGAGGAUUUUUAUGGUACGGGGCUGGGUUUAAUCUUGAAUUUUUAUUUUUUUUAAAUCUACAUGACUAUUUUUUUUUAAUAGGGUUCUUGUCAUUGCCCAUGUCCUCCCUUUUGGUCAUCCUUUGUAUAUUGCACAACUGGAAGCCCCCAAUUAAACUCUGAGUCCCUCCUGUUUGUCA